UUAACAGUCAGCAUUGACCAGCAAAAGGCCUGAAACAGGCUGCUGCAGUGCAAUAUUUGUUCGGGGCGUGUCUUUAGAAAGCUCUCUCAACUUUGUGCUGGGGAUUCGGUGCGAUUUAUUUUCAUAAACUGUUUGGACGAGAUGACUUCUGUUCAGAGAAAAAUCCCAUUUACACCCAAAGCCCCUAUUAGACAUGGCAUAUACAGCCAGGCUGUUUUGGUGGACCGGACAAUGUACAUCUCAGGACAGAUCGGCAUGGACGUGAGUGGACAGUUGGUGGUGGGAGGAGUGCAGGCUCAGGCCAAGCAGGCACUCAUUAACAUGGGGGAGAUUCUGAAAGCUGCUGGAUGUGGAUAUGAAAAUGUUGUCAAAACCACAGUGCUGUUGGCCGACAUUAAUGACUUCAAUAACGUCAAUGAUGUUUACAAGCAGUUCUUCAAGAGCAAUUUCCCAGCUAGAGCUGCCUAUCAAGUAGCUGCCCUGCCCAGAGGAGGACUUGUUGAGAUUGAAGCGGUUGCUGUGUUGGGACCCAUCACAGAUGCCUCCUGACUAUAUGACCCCAUCAUGCAUCACAAAUUGUAAACACAGUAUAUGGAGACAAACCGCAUCCCUGAUAACAAGAAAAUCUAUCAAACAUUAAACCUCCCAAGUCACCAACAGAAGAAAAACACUCUUUUCUAUUGCCCAUUUUGCUAAUAUAAAUGUUAUUGAGAGUAUUAUAUAUUAUGUAAUAGCAACAAUUCAAAACCCAGUUCAAUUCAACUUUAUUUUUAAACUUGUCAUCAUCACAUUAAAUCAAACCACACCACAAAAACAACAUUUCUUCCAUUUGGUGAGUUCAAUCUGUUGUGCUUGUUGCAGGAAAACAUUAGCAUACAUUAACUUAAACCUAAAAAAAAAGCCUGUUUUUCAAAUAGUAAGUCCUUUGUCAUUUUAAAUGUAUAUAACAUUUUAUUUCCAUUGGUUAAAAUAUUACAUAAUUAUAUAAAUAGCAUUCCACAAUUUUAUUAUCCUCUUUGGCUUUUUGCAUUUUUCAUAAAGGGGUAAAGCCACUUAAAUAGGCACCAAUAUUAAAUCUCGAUGAAGGAAAUAGCAAUUUUGUUGCUUUAUGUUCUAGCAAUUAUAAUUCACUAAACCAGAACUCGAGUGGGAUGUUUGUAUUCUGUGUAUACGAAGACAGGCACGGAGUCUCUGAAGACCAGCUGGUCUAUAUGUUGGCAACAAAUAAGCAAUAUCUCUAUAAUAAAUAAACUAAUGUCCCACUGGAUUUUUAAACCAUU